UUGAACAAGUUGUUGAGGUUGCAGCGGAAAUAACGCAUCCACUCGUCAGCCAUGGCGUUCAGAAUAAUCGCGAUUCAAACGCUGCUGUGCCUCGUAUCUUAUACUUUGGGGCAACAAGCAUGCUUCGAUUCCUUCGUCGUCGUGCCCGCUCGUACAGCAUCCUGUGCAACACCCGGUGUAACUCUUGGUCAAGGAACAACUGGCGAAGGAGAAACGACCUGCCUUGUUCGAAAUCCACCGGUUACCAGAAGAAACGACUACACGUACUUUCCGGGCAUCGGUGGCUACAAGCUGCACGAUCAAACACUUCCGUGGAACCGGGCUCGAAAAACCUGCGAAGAGGAAGGUGGACACCUGGCCAUCAUCAAUUCUCCGGCUGAAAGAGACGCGGUGAUGAAAGUGUUCAAGGCGAAGAACCCGCAACCAUUAUACGCCAGUCUUGGCUUCCACGACCUUUACCAGGAGGGUCAAUACGUCACCAUCCAUGGUCAGGAUCUAGAAAAGACUGGAUUCAGCGAGUGGGCGCUUAGUGAACCCACUGGUACUGUCACUGAAAAUUGUGGAUCUUUGCACUUGAGUGGUGGGCUCAAUGACCACGGUUGCCAAAUACCAUUUCAUUUCAUGUCCAUGGCGUUCAGAAUAAUCGCGAUUCAAACGCUGCUGUGCUUGGUAUCUUAUAAUCUAGCGGAAAAAUUAUCUGCGCAGCCCAUCGUCCUCGCGCUCGCUCGUAGAGCAACCGGAGCAACUGGAAACGCAGAUUCGACCUACCUUCUUCGAAAUCCACAGGUUACCAGAAGAGACGACUACACGUACUUUCCGGGCAUCGGUGGCUACAAGCUGCACUCGAAAGCAGUUUCGUGGUUCCAAGCUCGAUUCAUCUGCGAAGAGGAAGGCGGGCACCUGGCCAUCAUCAAUUCUUGGGCCGAGAGGGAUGCAGUGGUGACGGUGCUCAAAGCAACAAACCCACAUCCAGAUUAUGUCAGUCUGGGUUUCCACGAUCUUUGCCGGGAGGGCCACCACAUCACUAUCCACGAGGAAACUCUGGCCAAUGCUGGGUUCGACGAAUGGGCGAAAGGAGAACCCAAUAAUAAAUAUGGCUCUGAAAAUUGUGGAUCUUUACACUCGAGUGGCGGGCUCAAUGACCACAGAUGCGAGGAAUCACUUCCUUUCAUGUGCGAGCACCCGAUCCAUUGAUUCGUUUAUAACAGUACA